AUGGGUAAUGCUUGCAAAUAAUAAGCACUGGAUAUUAUUGAAAUAACAUAAGUAGACUACAUAUCUGAAUCUUAGAGAAAUGAACAUGAGAGUAUUAAAAGUAUGAUACUAUUAUGAAUAUGAAGUAGUAAUUUGGGAUUCCAAAACAGAGAGAUUUUUGAAGACAAGAUUAAAAAUAAAAAAAAAGUUAAAUAAAGAAAUUGAAUAUUAGGAAGGUUGUGAAUCAUUCAUAAAAAUGUAAAAUUUUCAUCUACUUAAAAUAAAUUUAGUGAUUCGUUUAAAAAUUUUUCGGUAAGACCUAAAAAGUCAAUAAAUUUAGAAUAUAUUUAGAAUCAUAAAUGGAUUGGAUAAUAUGGAAAGAAAAUGUAGAAAAUUGGUAAGUGGACUGAGUCUUGGAAAGGAUAAAAGCUAAAAGGAGUUGGUGGGUAUUACUCUAAUGAUGGAAAAAAGGAAGGGUACUGGAAUGAACUAAUAAAAAACUAUUGGAGGUGAUGAAUUAUAAAUUAUUAUCUUAAAUAGUCGAGGCUAAGUCUAAGAAUUAGGAGAAUAUUUUAAUAAUUAAAGAAGAGGAGUAUGGAAAUAUAUAUAUUUUAAUAAUAUAAUGUAUUGAUAUUUAUCAUUAAUUAUAAGAGAUGGUGGAUUAUAUAAUGAAUAAGGUCAAAGAAAUGGUAAAUGGACAGAAUUAAGUGAUAAGUUUUGGGAGUAAUAUAGAUUCUAUAAAAAUAUGAUAGUUGUAGUUAAAUUAUAUAUCAUGGAGAAUACAAAAAUGGAAAUAAGGUUGGUAGAUGGGAUAUAUAUUUUGAAAAUAAAUUGAUGUAAAACAAUAUUUUUUAUAAAAGUGGUGGAGGAUAAUUUUAUGAAAAUCAAAGAAGUGAUGUUGUGAAAAAUGUAAUUAAAAUUGGUAGAUGGAUUGAACCCAGUGACUGGUUUUAUAAGUUAUGAUAAAUUAAUUAAAUUAUUAUUA